GUGGGCCGUGACGUCACUGCCGGCCGGACGCCAUCUUGCUGGAUUGCGGCCGGUCUUGGAUGUAGUGGCGCGGUGGUGAGGGCGUGGGGGAGGGUGGGGUGAGUGGGCGAGGCCGCGGCGAGUGCGGCGAAACUCUCCUCCCCUCAGCCCCACCGCGUGGGACGGCGUGAACGCGGUGCUGGAGGGAUGUCCGCCUUCUCAGAGGCGGCGCUGGAGAAGAAGCUGUCGGAGUUGAGCAACUCGCAGCAGAGUGUGCAGACCUUGUCCCUGUGGCUCAUCCACCACCGCAAGCACUCGCGGCCCAUCGUCACCGUGUGGGAGCGGGAACUGCGUAAAGCCAAACCAAACAGAAAGCUUACUUUUCUCUACCUAGCCAAUGAUGUCAUUCAGAACAGCAAAAGGAAGGGGCCGGAGUUUACAAAAGAUUUUGCACCGGUUAUAGUGGAGGCAUUUAAGCAUGUUUCAAGUGAAACUGAUGAAAGUUGUAAGAAGCACCUUGGAAGAGUGUUAUCUAUUUGGGAAGAAAGGUCUGUUUAUGAAAAUGAUGUAUUAGAACAACUUAAGCAAGCUCUAUAUGGCGAUAAGAAACCUAGGAAGCGAACUUAUGAACAGAUAAAGGUGGAUGAAAAUGAAAAUUGUUCCUCUCUGGGAUCUCCAAGUGAACCACCACAGACUCUAGAUCUCGUUAGAGCAUUACAAGAUCUAGAAAAUGCUGCUUCAGGUGAUGCAGCAGUUCAUCAGAGGAUAGCUUCUUUGCCUGUAGAAGUCCAAGAAGUAUCCCUACUAGAUAAAAUAACAGAUAAAGAAUCUGGAGAAAGGCUCUCUAAAAUGGUAGAAGAUGCUUGUAUGUUGCUGGCAGAUUACAACGGCAGAUUGGCGGCUGAAAUAGAUGAUAGGAAGCAACUCACUCGAAUGUUAGCAGAUUUUCUUCGUUGUCAAAAGGAAGCCCUUGCAGAGAAAGAGCAUAAAUUGGAACUUCUGUUGCAGGUAUUGGACAUGGGCGUAUCUUCUAACGGUGUCGUCAUCAUUAGCAUAUUCUUCCUGCUAAAAAUAAAUAUCAAACUCCAAAGCCUGUAUUGUCUCAUGUUUUUGAAAUUUGAAGACUGCAACUUUGUUAUUCUAUUUUAUACUGCUUUCUCACUGGUUACAAAAAUAGAAUUUAUGUUUGAAAUGUAAGUGUAGAAAAUAAAUCAGUUACCACCUCCUACCUCUUCCAGGACUUUCCAACUAGAUUUCAUAGUUGGUAGUGAUAGGUGGUAAGGCUGAUGAUAACAGCAAUAACAUUUACCAUGUGUCAGGUACUAUUCUAAGCACUUCACUAUUUAAGUAUUAUCCCCAUUUUAAAGGUAAGGAAACUGAGGCACAGAGAUUAAAUAAUUUGCCCAAGGUCACAAUGAGAUAGUGAAUUGUUUAGAACCCAGGGAAUUUGCCUCCAAAAAGACAUACUUGCUUUUCAUUUUUAUGUAAAUUUAAGAUUACAGCAAAAUCCAGUCUCUUCAACUGUUUCUGCUUCCUCCUUCCUCAGAGGUAAUCACUGUCUUGAAAUAAAACCUUCUAGGAACGUUUUUUUCCAGCCUGACUGGAUUUUAUCAUAAAGAAAUCACUUAAAUUAUGUUAAACAUUUUUUACAAAUAAAGAAAUAUUUAGGUUUUAGAUAAAAUAGGAAGUCAUUCCAUGGAACUCUUUGUAAGUUAUCAAUUAUGACUAAGUCAUGCCUUUGUCAGAAAAUAAGAAAAUAAUUUGAUAUAUGUAGACAUUAUUUGUACUAAGUGGCAUCACUUUAAAGUUGAGACUUAAGAGGUCAAGAUUUAUACUUGCCAUAUCAGCUAUGAUAUAUCAGGUAGUUUUAAGGAUCACACUUUUGAACAUCAGCUGUGAUUGACCAGGUAAUAAUGUGUCAUUGUUUUUUGUUUAUUUGUUUUUUUUAAUGAGACAUAAAUUUAAAGUAUCAGUUCAGGAAUUGGCUAUUUCAUAUUUAUUAAGGAGGCCACUAUUUAAGCAUUUGUUAUGAAUGAAAACAAGUGUUUUUAAAACUUUUGGAAAUUAUUUUUGAAACUUGUGGCUAAUUUUACCUGGUUAUUAAGUAGAUAAUUUAAAAUAGACUAUGGAUAAAUCUAAUUUAUAUUUAGAAAUCUAUUUCAUAGAUUACUAUGGGAAUCAUAUUUCACCAUUCAGAAGCUGAAAUUAUUGCAUAAAUUAUUAUUCACCUAGAUUAUUACUUUAGAAGGUAUUCAUGGAUAGAGAACUUAAAAUGACAUUUUGAUUUUGAUGUUUUUGGAGAAGAGGCAAUAUAGAGAUCAGAAAUUCUUCCAUAUCUUUGCUCAAUUUUGAAUUCUUUUUUUCAUGAUGUAGUAGAUAUAACGGAACAUGCUUUUAUAAAAUACCUAUCUCAUAGAACAUUGAUCUAUUUUGAAUUGCUAGGCUUCUAUAGAAAAUUGGUUUUCUGGAAAUCCCAGUUUGGAUGGCCCUUAAAGGAAAAAUCAGCCAUAGUUCCAAGUUCUAAAAUUCAGGAUGGGAAAGCUGUCAGAGAGGACAGUGUAUAUAUAUCUUUUGCAGUCUUACAUCAAUAUAUUCAGAUUUACCUCAUUUAAAAAAAAUGAGGGCAUAGUAUUCAUUGUAUGAAUAUUGUUUGUUUAGUGUAUUUAAGUCUUUUUCUCUUCUCAUGGUAUCAGAUUCUAUCCAUUGAGUUGCUUUUACUAGUUUUGUGCAUUAUAUGUAGUACUAUAGAGAAUACCUGAUAAUAUCAGGUUUGUAUAGUUGUGCAAGGAUCUCUGCAGGAUUGAUUUCCAGAAGUAGAAUAGAAUAGCUAGUUCAAAGGCAGUAUAUGUUUUAAGUGUUGAUAGUGUACUCAAGCCCUCUAAAAGAUUCUGCCUUUUUAAAUUCCUUGCAAUAUGAGUGUAUCUUUUCCUGUACAAUCUUGCCCACAGUGAAUGUCAAUGAUCUUUUAAAUUUUUACUUAUAGGUUAAAAAUUAUUAUUUUGUUCACUCAGUUUGAUCAUCUCAAACAUAUUAGCCAUUUUAUUUCUCUAAAUUCCUGUAUCUUUUCACUACUUUUCUGUUUGGUUCCAAGUUUGUGUGUUAAUAAUUGUCUUUGCCGUUAUAGAUUCUGAGCUUUCUAGAUAUAAUUAACCUUCUAAAUUCAUAACUAUAAAAAUACACUGCUAUUUUUUUAUAGUUUUUUUUUCCUAAUGUUAUCCAGUAGGAUUUUUUGUUUAUGGUAUGUAUAAUGUUGGGAUCUGUUUGAUAGUGGUAGUAAAUGACCUCUCACCAUUUAUUGAUUAAUGAUUAAUGACUCAGUCUUUUGCUAUGUUGUAAAAUGCCAUUUCUGUCACAUAAUUCCUACAUAUACAUGGGAAUGUAGUCCCUUUUUCUACUGGACCAUUUGACUUACCCCCUCUAAUUACACAGUAGAUUUUUGUUUAUAUUACUUUUCGGUAUUGUUUGCAUCUAUAAUUUUAACUAAUCAUGAUUGUGUGUAUGAGUUUUUACUUCCCACUUAUUUUAUACAUAUUUUUCUUCAAAUUUAAUAUUUUAAAUGUCAGCAUUUUGCUAAGGAGAUCAUUUUUAUUAAAUUAUUUUUCAAUUACAGUUGACAGCUAAGUAGGCACUUCUUAAUUUACUUGGCCUCUUCCGUUUUCGGACAUAUUGUUUGCUUUUGUUGUCUGUACCUCUAUCUGCUAGAUGGUAUUUUCCAGGUUUUUCAAGAGUGCUUACUUCUAUAAAACUUUUGUUUUCCAAAAUGUUUGUUACAUUUUUUUUUAAAUGCUUAAGAUAAGUUUUGUUUUGCGUGAGAAAUUUAAUGAUUAGAAAUUUCUGAUGUCAUGCUCUUUUAAUAUAGGAAAUAAGAAUGAUUAUAUGUAUAUAUAUACACACACACAUAUAUAUAUAGCACUAAAAAUGCAAAUUUAGAAUCUAUUGCUGAAGGUGUUAUCUGCAUGUAGCUUUUUGAUGUUUAUUGAUUUAUCAUUUUACAAAUAUUCAAGAGCGUAGUUAUAAGAAUAUGGGGAACUGAUUCCAUAAUCAUUCAUCUGUGAUUAGUUAUUUCUUUACAUUUUACUCUGUUUUUCCAUUGAAAUCAUAUUGAUUAAAUUUAGAAGUAAUUUGAUAAGAUGGAGCUAUAUGGAUUUUUCAGAGGAACAUAUGUAACUAGCUUCUUAAUGGUUCCUUUUGGAGAUCUGAAUAUUGUUAAGUCUAAAAUUUUUAAUGGUUAAUUUAUUCGUUUUUGAAGAAUUGUGUAAUCUUUUACUUAUUUUUGUUGAUUAUACGAGUAAAUUUAUUUUCAUCAUAGGAAAACUACAUAAGCAAAAGGCUUAGGUACUAUGUAUUGGCUCCAUGUAUUUUGCAUACUGUCCUUUUCAUGUGAUCUAUUACAAGCAUCAUAUGUCACUUUUCCUUCUUAACGUAUGGAUGUAUAAUAAUUUAACUGCUGUGUGUUCUUUAUGACUUAAGUGUUUCUAUUGCUUUAACAUUAUAAAGAGUACUACAGUGAACAUCUCUGUAGUUAACUCUUUACUCAUAUAUUAUUGUUAUCUCUUGUGAUAAAUUCCUAAAGAUGAAAUUGCUGACUCAUGUUAAAGACUUGAUACAUGUUACCAACCUGACUUACAGUAA